AUGGCCACGUCCAGCUCCCAAUUCCUUUUCCGGAUGCUGCUUCCAGUCCUCCUUGUAGUCAUCCUUGCCGCCGCGGCCAAAGGGCAGCGCCCGGAUUGCCGCGACAAGUGCGGCAACAUCAGCAUCCCCUUCCCGUUCGGCAUAUCAGUCGAGGUCUUCUGCGGCGUCGGCUGGGUAGUUGACGCUCGUUUGAGUUACGAACCUUACUUCUCGGCGGCGGCGGCGGACGGGUUCCCUUGCAGUGUGGUGGGAAACCUACCCGUGCAAGAGAAGAAGAAGAUGAAGGAAUUCUACAAAAAUAAUGGCGGCCCUCUAAUAGAGAAGGCAACAGGCAUUAAAAUUUUCAAAAAGGGGGAGCUCGAGCCAAUUUUAAAGAAUAGCAACAUAAUUGGAAAAGGUGGAUUUGGUGAAGUUUACAGGGGUCUUCUUAAUAAUAAAGAAGUUGCAAUAAAGAAGCCAAUUAAUGGUAGCGUGCGAGAGAAUAAACAAGUUGCAAACGAAGUCAUCAUCCAAUCUCAAGUCAUCCACAAGAACAUUGUUAGGCUCAUUGGUUGUUGCCUUGAAGUUCAAGCCCCCCUGCUGGUCUACGAGUUUAUCUCCCAAGGUAGACUCCAUGACAUUCUUCACAACAACAAUAACAAGGUGGCUCUCAACCUGGAUUCACGUUUAAGUAUUGCUGCACAGUCAGCGGAUGGUCUAGCCUAUAUGCACUCACAAGCAAACACUAGAAUUCUGCACGGUGAUGUCAAACCAGCAAAUAUACUCUUGGAUGAGAACUUUGCACCCAAAAUUUUAGACUUUGGCAUAUCUAGGUUGCUUGCAAUAGAUAAACAACACACUGCAUCAACCAUCGGUGACGUGAAUUAUAUGGAUCCAGUAUAUCUACAACAAGGCCUACUCACCGAAAAAAGUGAUGUCUACAGUUUUGGAGUUGUGAUCCUGGAGCUUAUUAGCAGGAGGAAGGCCAUACAUUCUGAUAACAAUAGCUUGGUAAAGUGUUUCCUUGAAGCGCAUAAGGAAGAGAAGAAAGCGACAGAGUUUUUUGACGAGGAAAUUGCAAUUGCAGAAGAUUUAUAGCUUCUUGAUAGUCUAGCAGGUAUGGCCGUGCAAUGCCUUAGCCUUGAUGUAGAUCAAAGAUCCACGAUG